CAUUACGGAACCCAUGCUCACACGAGAUGCGGGGCAAUUAAUACGCAACACCGGAGACUGCGAAAUGUGCUCAAAGAAAGGAUGUGAUGGGCUAUCGCAAUGGUUUAUGGUCUGGAUGCUCGCUGUCUCUAUACUCGACGUGAUAUAUUCACCGGUUACAGCAAACUCGUGAAGGUAAAUGUGAAGAACUUCGCCGAGAGCCACGAUGCGCUGCCUAUGGAUCUUGUCCGCCCUCGCCUUCGUCGGCAAGACCGCCGCUGAAGACAUCACCGACGAGGACACUCCAAAGAUUGAAGCAAACCGCUUCAUCAUCGAAUUCGCCAGCGGCACCCACACCAAGACCAAACGCAACGAACUCUCCUCCACAGGAAUCCGCGUCCUCAAAACCUUCGACUCACCCCUCUUCUCCGGCGCAAGUCUAGAAACAAACAACCACACCCUCGACUCCCUCCUCAUCCUCCCAGACAUCGUAGCCGUCUGGCCCAACACGCAGGCAUACCUCAUCGCCCCCGUCAAGCGCCAAGUCGCCGUCGACCCUACUGCCGCAGCAGCGCACGCAGUCCACUGGGCUACGGGCGUCGAUGAACUCCACCAACAAGGCGUCCGCGGGCAGGGCGUGAAAGUCGGCAUCGUCGAUACGGGGGUAUGGUACAGACACACCGCCCUCGGGGCGGGCUUCGGUCCCGGGUUCAAGGUUGCCGGCGGCUGGGACCUCGUCGGGGACGGGUGGGUCGUCGGCACCGAGAAGAAACCUGACGCGGACCCGGCUGAUGAGCAAGGGCACGGAACGCAUGUUGCUGGUAUCCUUGCCGGGGAGGAUGUUUCUUCCGGGUGGGUUGGUGUUGCGCCUGAUGCGAGUUUGUAUUCGUAUAAAGUCUUUGGGCCGGGUGAUGGGACGGAUCAGGCGACUAUUAUCGAUGCGUUUCUCCGGGCGUACGAUGAUGGGAUGGAUGUUAUCACCGCUAGCAUUGGUGGAAGAGGAGGCUUCGCGAGUAAUGCCUGGGCCGUCGUCGCGAGUCGCAUCGCUGCUGAGGGUGUGGUUGUCACCAUUGGCGCCGGGAACUCGGGGAAUGGAGGGGCGUAUUAUGCUAGCACGGGAAGUUCAGGUGAGAAUGUGCUCAGUGUUGCGAGCGCGGAGGUGAAGCGCGACGAAACGACAGGGGGAGAUAUCCUGCGGCCGUCGUAUUUCACCAGUUGGGGCGGGUUGUAUGAUUUGUCUGUCAAGCCUGAUGUUGCUGCGCCUGGGACGGAUGUGUUUAGUACGUGGCCCGGCGGGGAUGAUAAUGAGUUUGUGUUGCUGUCUGGGACGAGCAUGGCUACGCCGUAUGUUGCCGGUGUUGCGGCGUUGUAUAUCUCCAAGCAUGGCGGCAGGAGCAUUCACGGCAAGGGGUUUGCGAGGGAUCUGAGUAUGAGAAUCAUCUCGACGGGGGCAUCGCUGCCGUGGUUGUUGUAUAGUGGCGAGGCGGAUGAGGCGUACCGAGCGCCGUCGCAGCAGGUUGGCGGUGGGCUCAUCGAUGCUGGCAAGGUUGUUGGGUAUCGAACGAGCUUGGAGCUGACGAGGUUUGGGCUGAAUGAUACUGCCAACUUCCGCGCGAAUCAAGCAGUUCUGAUCAGGAACGGCGGUAAUCAGACCGUGAGGUACAGCUUCGAGGUUGAGAGCUGGGCUGGGGUUGAGAUGCUCAGGGCGUUUGAUGGGCGGGAUCCGGGAGAGACGCCGAGGAUCAAGUAUAGGGCGGAGAUUGUACCUCGUAAGCUUCGAGACGAGCAGAGUGAGUCGUCUUCAUUUCGAAGAACGGGUAUUGGGCACCAUGCUGACUUUGCUAGGUUCAUCUUUGAGGCGCCCGAGGAUGUCAACCAGACAGCGCUUCCCGCAUACGGCGGUCGUCUACUAGUCAAGGGCAGCAACGGGGAGACUGUAGGCAUUUCAUAUCAAGGACUGGCUUUCGACUUGCAGAAGCAGAUGGAGAGUCCCUUUCAUGGGACGUACCCAUGGUUGAGGUCGACGAGCGCGUAUAGUAACAAGACGACCUUCAGCUUCGAACUGGCUAGUGGUAUACAAGACUUUCCCAUGAUGUUCAUGAAGGUCAAAUGGGCCACCAGAGAGGUUCGGUGGGAUAUAUAUGAAACCGACUUUGACGAGGCGCGAGACUGGGAGUACCCCCCCGUGUCCGGACAACGAGGCUACAUCGGCUCAGCCACAUCUUGGGCGUCUGCCGGUAAGACGUCGAGCUUCAACCCCGCUCGUCACAACGCCAGCGAUACUUUCUCGUUUCCAGAGACAGAUGUCGCGAGGAACGCGCUGACGACGGGCGGGUUCACGACGGCGUACUAUUGGUUCGGCAAGUUGGGCGACGGAAGCGUCAUGGCACCGGGCAACUACACAAUGAGGUUUGCGGUUCUGCUACCAUUUGCUGAUCCCCAGCUAAGUGAAAGCUGGAAGGGGUUGACGACCAAGUUCACAGUCUUGCCGAAAGUUGGGAACAGCACAAUUAGCAGAAGGUGGUAUUGA